AUGGCGGGCUGCUGGCGAAUGCCGCAAAGCAAAUACGGCACAUGGAUCGCACUCCCUCCGGCAGUAGGCUAUAUAACCACGAUACCUUCCUCGGAGGCCGAGCAACAGGCGCUGCACGAGGCCCCAUCGACGGCAGCGCGAAGCGUUGUCAUCGCCAUCGUGUCCAGCACAGCAGCCAUGGGAACGGUACUGCACCGUCGCGGGGCUGCUGGUGCUAAGUUCACCGUCGGGGAGUCACUUGUGCUGCUUCUUGUCCUGGGGGUCAUUGCGUUCCCAUCAGACGCCUGGGCUCAACAUGUCGUGGGCAGCGACGAGGCGCGCUCCCUACUUUCAAGAGGUGGCGACACGCUAAUCCGCUGGAACAUCUCGCCCGCCGCGCUGCAGCACAUGCGUUCCGAAAGCUUCAAGCGCCAGUUCAGUCCAUGGGGCGGCAAGCGGAACGCCGCCGCAUUCGAAUCCCUGCUGGACUCAGCCGGCAAUCAGGAGAGCCACCGGCACCGUCUGGCAGCGGAUGCCUCGUACAAGGUCCGUCGUUUGCACCCUGUGGACAUCGCAGUGAGGGCCGCCGAUUUGUUCAGUCCAUGGGGCGGCAAAAGAACAGACGACAAGAAGGACAAAGACCAGACGUUCAACCCUUGGGGAGGCAAGAAGGCAGGAGACCACUUCGGUUCCUGGGGAGGCAAGAGGGACACGUUCAGCGCGUGGGGAGGCAAGCGGCUGCAGGACAGCAAGAAUGCCUUCAGUCCGUGGGGAGGCAAGAGACGGAGCUUCGCACCUUGGGGAGGAAAGAGGGGAACCGGGGAAGACCAGGCGUUUUCUCCAUGGGGAGGAAAAAGGGGUGACGACGGGGAUACGUCUUUCACGCCCUGGGGAGGCAAGCGCGAGGACCGCUUCAAUCCAUGGGGAGGCAAGCGAGAAGGACCCUUCAGCCCCUGGGGAGGUAAGAGGGAUGGCUCGAACAAGGAAGGAUUCUUCAACCCUUGGGGAGGCAAGCGCGGAGCAGACGACCCGUUCAACCCUUGGGGAGGCAAGAGGCAGGAUUCGUUCAAUCCUUGGGGAGGCAAGAAGGAAGAUAGAGUCUUCAGGCCUUGGGGUGGAAAGAAGGAAGACAACGUCUUUAGGCCUUGGGGAGGCAAAAAGGAGGGCAACGUGUUUGGGUCUUGGGGAGGCAAAAGAGAGGACGCCGCACCGAGCCUUUCCGUGGGUAGGGCAUUAAACUACGGUGGUCCAGCAAGCCAUGACGUGGAUGCAGAGUCCUUGCGCAAGAAGCGAGACUCUUCUGCGAGCGAACAAAAGGGUACGACGUCGAACGGUGAGAAAAGUGGGAGGACGUAACCACUGACGUGAGUCACUGUAGCGAAGCGCCCAUUCGAAAAACAUCUCAUCUCACGCCUUAAAAGGAAAAAAAAGAAAGGGAGAAGAAAACUACACGGCGGCUGCUGCGUGCGCACAUGAACAUAAAGGCCUAUCAAGAAGAAACGAGAAGAAAGGGACUCUCUUGUUUCUUCAGGUCAAAGAGUAUUUUUCGGAAAUAAAAAGCAAAGUUUUCCUACAUCAGCAUGCAUGCUGAGGUAACGCACUGCCUGUUGGGGCGUACAGUAAAUAAAAAUAAUAAAUUAAAACAAA